GUUUCGCUUCCUCUAAAUUAUUCUGCAGGUCACUGGCUACUGGCUAGGACAAAAUUCGUCCGGCGUCCGUCGGAGAAGCUUUGCCGGUUUUCUUCCUUCAACCUUCGUUGCCGCCACAGAACCUUUUCCGGUUUCCUUCCUUCGACUUGCACUACCGCCGGAGAAGCUUUGCCGGAAUUGAGAAUCGUCGUUGACCCGGAGGAUGGCACGAGAAACCUGCAACCGAUUGGCAUGUCGGCUUGGAGUCUCUGACUUGUGUCUCUCAUAGGAAUACUGACCGGAAGCCUUGUUGCCGCUGUCCAUAGGAUUCCGAUCUGACUUGUGCCGGCCGGCGUGGUGGCAAAGGAAAAGAGGCAGAAAGGCUAUGUUCAAAGAAUCGACAAGUUUUGUUUCAGAUUUAAUGAGGAUUGAGGAAGAGAAGAGGAGGUGUCUGGUGGACCUGGUGUGUAAAUUAAAGAUGCAAUUGUGGAUAAAAUUUGAGAAAAUUAUCUAAAUAUAAGUUUAACAUAGCAAAAUUUAGUGAUUUUUUAGUCUCUCAUUCUUUUAAUAUGAAAGAAAACACUCUUAAUGGCUGUUGAUGGAAGGGACUAGAUGAGCUCGGAGUGACUCCCUGACAAGCUUCGUUGAUGGAAGGAAGUGCCCCGGCUCUGAAAAUUCGAUUCUUAUCAUUGGAGAUGGUGGACCGUAUGUGGAGUGGUAUAUUUUAACCACUUUAGGGAAAGGGGUAAUUUUAUACUUUAAUAAAUCACUUUUUUACCAAACACUCCAAUUUUACCAUUUUUGUAUAAUUACUUCUAUUUACAAAGUACAAACACUAUCCAUUUUUACUAUAGAUCACUUUUCCAAUAAUCACUUAAAUAAAUCACUUUUGAGAAGUAGAAGCAAUAGCAAACAUAGCCUUACUAGCUUAAACUCUCCAUUAAUUUUGGAUACCCCUAUAUAGAUGAGAGUGACUCCAAAAAAGUUUUGGAUACUAACAUUUCUCGUAUUGCGUCAAAGGAUAUGGGUCAUAUGGAAACUCAAAUGAUCCGAGAGGGGCAUAACCCAUCAUCUCCAAAAAGAUACUCAUCACUUGCUACUACAAGCUCAUCCAUACUACCAGUUACUGAAGUUCAGUGUUUCCAUUCACCAAGAGAAGAUACCAGGAACGUUUUAGAUGAGCAGGUUACUCUGACAAGGUGGAGUAAGAAACACAGGAUUCGAAUUCCAGGGGCGAGUGUGGAUAAUUUUGAUUAUUGGAAAAGUAAUGCUGCUAUAGGACUGCAUUCUGAUGGCUGGGAAAUUCUCAAAACAGCAAACUCUUUAUCCCAGGAAGUGUUUAAUCAAGCCUUUUGAGUCAAAAAGGAAGAAACAAGGAUAAAUUUAAGAACUUGCAGAAGGCAAAAGCGGAGGCAGCAAUCCAUAAAUUUGAGCAGAAAUGAGAACCUCAAUGCUGGCAGCUCAUAAUCAAGAAGAUAUAAGAUUCUCUUACAGGGCCUUAACUCGAUCUCCAUCGGACUCAUCAUAUGGAUUCAUUAUAUUUGGUGGCUGCUUUACAUGCCAUGCAUUUUAGUUAUUCUGAUCCUAUCUUUUCUUGCACAUGGAGCCUAAUUUUGCAGAUCAAUCACAUUUUAGACACUGCUGUUGAGCCGGUUCUGGGAAAUGAAGUGAUGCAGGUGGCGUUCCUAAUCGGAUGAGGUUAACAUAAUCUUGAAACCCAUGGUCAAUUAAUCCAGUAAACAUUAUCCCUAUGAU